AUGCCCUUUCCUGGAGAGAGACGGAACUAUCGUGGAUCCUCUGGGGAGCCUCAACAACCUUAUGAUGCUGACGAGGCAGAGAAGAGUCUCUCCAGAUCAGAACUCCACAAGAAACACCAGCAGAGAUCCACAGGGAAGAUAACUCACUGCUGCUCUGACUGUGGGAAGAGAUUCACCUCCUCAGGCAUUAAAAUUCAUCAGAGAACACACACAGGAGAGAAACCUUAUAGCUGUGGUCAAUGUGGGAAGAGUUUUACUACAUCUAUCCAGCUGACAUUACACCAGAGAACACACACAGGAGAGAAACCUUACAGCUGUGAUCAAUGUGGGAAGAGUUUUGGUAGAUCUGGCCAGCUGACAUCACACAAGAGAACACACACAGGAGAGAAACCUUAUAGCUGUGGUCAAUGUGGGAAGAGUUUUGGUAGAUCUGACCAGCUGACAUUACACCAGAGAAUACACACAGGAGAGAAACCUUACAGCUGUGAUCAAUGUGGAAAGAGAUGUACUACAUCUGGCCAGCUGACAUUACACCAGAGAACACACACAGGAGAGAAACCUUACAGCUGUGAUCAAUGUGGAAAGAGAUGUACUACAUCUGGCCAGCUGACAUUACACCAGAGGAUACACACAGGAGAGAAAUCUUAUUGCUGUAAUCAAUGUGGGAAGAGUUUUACUCAGCUAAACAGCCUGAUAGUACACCAGCGGACACACACAGGAGAGAAACCUUUUAGCUGUGAUCUAUGUGGGAAGAGAUUUACUACAUCUAGCGCUCUUACUUCACACCAGAGAAUACACACAGGAGAGAAACCUUUUAGCUGUGAUCUAUGUGGGAAGAGAUUUACUACAUCUAGCUCUCUGACUAAACACCAGAGAACACACACAGGAGAGAAACCUUAUACCUGUGAUCAAUGUGGGAAGAGAUUUACUACAUCUAGUUCUCUGACUUCACACCAGAGAACACACACAGGAGAGAAAUUGUAUAGCUGUAAUCAAUGUGGAGAGAGUUUUACUCAGCUAAACAGCCUGAUAGUACACCAGUGGACACCCACAGGAGAGAAACCUUUUAGCUGUGGUCAAUGUGGGAAGAGAUUUACUACAUCUAGCUCUCUUACUUCACACCAGAGAAUACACACAGGAGAGAAACCUUAUAUCUGUGAUCAAUGUGGGAAGAGAUUUACUACAUCUAGCUCUCUGACUUCACACCAGAGAAUACACACAGGAGAGAAAUCUUAUAGCUGUGAUCAAUGUGGGAAGAGUUUUACUGGAUCUAGCCAUCUGAUUCGACACAAGAGAACACACACAGGAGAGAAAUCGUAUAGCUGUGAUCAAUGUGGGAAGAGAGUUACUACAUCUAGCUCUCUGACUUCACACCAGAGAAUACACACAGGAGAGAAACCUUAUACCUGUAAUCAAUGUGGAAAGAGUUUUACUCACCUACAAAGCCUGAUAGUACACCAGCGGACACACACAGGAGAGAAAUAUUUUAGCUGUGGUCUAUGUAGGAAGAGAUUUACUAGAUCUAGCUCUCUGACUUCACACCAGAGAACACACACAGGAGAGAAACCUUAUAGCUGUGAUCAAUGUGGGAAGAGAUUUACUACAUCUAGCUCUCUGACUAAACACCAGAGAACACACACAGGAGAGAAAUCUUAUAGCUGUGAUCAAUGUGGGAAGAGAUUUACUACAUCCAGCUCUCUGACUUCACACCAGAGAACACACACAGGACAGAAACCUUAUAGCAGUAAUAAAUGUGGGAAGAUAUAGCUGUGACCAGAGAUAAUCUGAUAAAAGAUCUCGGAUUCAACAUCAGAAAAUACAUGUUGUUUCAUGAUAUCAAUGAAAUCAUUUUUUUAAUAUUGUGGAAGUAUUUUAGUAACGAUGUCACAAUGUAGAAUGUUUUAACAUUGUAGAAGGAAUAUUUUAAUGAUGUUCUACCUUAUCCUUAUCCUUAUCCUUAUCCUUCUAAGGAGUAUUUUAUCUGAGGAGUAUUUUAAUGAUGACCUUAUCGUUUGCCCUGUUCAAUUGAUUGCAGCAUGAUAUGGAUAUUAGCCUCAGGGGGAAAUCCAGGCUCUGAAUUGAAAGAGUACUAUUUAUGAGAUUUAACAAAAUGUGACUAACAAAAAUAGAGUUGUGUUACACUUACCACUUUGGUGACCCACUUGAAUCAAAAUGCAACACUUCAAAAUGUUUAGGUUUUCAAUAUAUCCCAAACUGUUUCUGCAUAUUGGUUAUUGAUUUGGACACGUUAAAACUGUGUUUUGACAUUGCGCUAUUCCCACUUAGUAAAAUGUAAUUGAAAAGAAGACUAUCCCCGACGUCCAAUAUAUGUUCAGUUGUAGUUGAAAGUGAAAGUUAAAAAGAUGUAUUUUCGGGUCGUUUUUUAAAUUAUUUGAAAACAAAUUAAUUUUAACGUACUUGCAGCCUAAACACAUGGAUGCAGUAUAAUAAAUUGGUCUAUAAUCAGUUUUAUGAACAUCAUCAUCACCCUUAAGUGAAGUAUUGCCAAUACAUAUUAACAAAGGGGUAUGCAUUUGCUUUUGAUAUUUACAAUUCAUGUAACAUUUAGUCAUAGUUAUUUAUGCAACCAGCUGACAAUUUUUGGGUACUAUUAUAUUGAAAUUGUUAUCCUGCUUUUAGAAUAUCAGGGAUCAUUCUCAGAUGUACCAACCCACAUGUACUAGAGCAUGACAUUGGGGACUGGGCCCGAUCCAACAACAUGCCUAUCGAGUGAACCCUGAAAAGAGAGAGAAGCUCGGGAUAUUGCAGGAGCUCUUGAAAUCAGACAUGACUAAUACAAUUUGAUUUGAGUUUUGUCCAAGGCGAUGAGAGUUUUAGGAGGACGAGAGUUCUAGAAGCUGGUGAGUUUUAGGAUUCUAUAGAAAGUAAUUAUAUUUUUUUCAUUUAUGUUUUGAGGUUGGACUUUAGCACGUAUAGCUCGUCAGCACGUCUAGCUCGUUAGCACCAAUCAAUGCGCCCUACGUGCUAUCUCGUUAGUCAGUAUGUGUUACACCUGUGCUGGCUUGUCCAUCUCGUUAGUGGGAAGGUGUUUCACCUGAGCUGGUCCAGGUUCUAUUUAAGAGUGUCUGGCCCAGUGCUCCACUUGUCUUGAUAGAUGUGGAGAAUCAACACCUUUAGUUGCUCCACCUUUUUGGUUUGCUUCCUGUCUUUAAGUUUGGUGUGGGUUUUAAUUUUGUUUCCCUCUUCUUGGUUAGAUUUAGUGGGUCUCAUGGUGGGUGUCUUUUAGGUCCCAGUUGUUGUUACUAGUCAACUUUCAGUGACACCCCCAUAGUGUCUUUGAGAACCCCUCCUAAAAAACAGGCUUAUAUUUUGGGUUGGAUAUUGCAUCCAAUUAGUGUUUUAAUCAAUGGAGGAUGGUAUUUCUGUUUAUUUUCAUUGUUUUCUCCUGUGAAGCCAUUGUGUUGCAUCCAUGUCUGAAAUGUGCUGUAUAAAUAAAGCUUGAUUUGAUUUCAACAAAUGAACCCAAUGACUGAUCAAUCA